CUGUUUCAGGUGUUUGAAAAAUGUAUUAUAUUGAGGCAGCAUUUCAGAAUACAAAUGAUUAACUCCUGAAUAGGUUUUCCUCAGCACCACACGUGCCUGUCCCCUGCUCUGCUGAAGCCACACGUCAAUUCCCCGGUAGCCAUGGGCUUGUUGCUGUUCUCUAAUUCCACAUACUUGGUUUCCGAGUGAUUCAAUAUUCUACACAACUGCUGUGCCAUGAUUGAAGACGCGCGCACUGAAGAGCCAAGCUAAGCGCCACUUUGGAAGGCAAGCUUGAACCGGGUUCAGAAACAUCGAGCUGGUUGUCUGUCUGUGCAACGCCUGAGCCGCGUGGAUAUUACGAAGUCAGAGAAAGAGAGAAAGAGGGGAGAGAAAGAGAGGGAGGGUGGGAGGAAGGAUGAGUGAGUGAGUGUCGGGUGAUUCCCUCCCCUCGCCAAAUAUCUGUCCAGGAGACGUUGACACUCCUUCAUAACCCCGCUCCUCCCGCGCCUCACGCAGAUGCCCAAAGCGCCGUGAGCACAGAAGUCUCCAAACCCCAGAAUUCUACUUACCGCACCGAACCCCAGUAGAUGACAGCAUAAAACAGCCUAGUGUUAAUUAUAGUUAUUUAAAGUAAUUCAUCAAUAUAGCAGUAUGGUUUUCUUUCCUACACCUUAGUUUGCUUUUCCAAGAGACCUCUUUGUGCAAACUCUUUUAUACUCUAUGUGCACGUCCCCGUGGUUACUGCACAUCCCCAGCCGGUGUUGGUGAUGCCAUGCCCCGCAACCACAGUGGCGAUGAAGCUAGUUCUGGGCUCUGGUUGAAAACCUCUCCAGGGCGUCGGGCUCAGAACUAUAGGUUGAAAGAUGUGGAGUCUGGACGGAGGAUGAACAACGCUGUUCGAGUCGGAGACGGGAUGCUUUCACCAGGCGCGGCAGGUGCAGGGGGCGCGGAGAGGCGAAAGGGCGCCCGGUUGAGUUUGCUCGGGAAGCCGCUCAUCUACAGCGCGCAGAGCGGGCGCAGAAACGCGCACUACCGUCGUCUCCAGAAUUACCUCUAUAAUGUACUGGAGAGACCCAGGGCAUGGGCGUUCAUCUACCACGCCUUCGUGUUCAUCUUGGUGUUUGGCUGUCUGGUCCUGUCAGUGUUCUCCACAAUCCCUGCCCAUCAGGACCUGUCCAACCACUUUCUGCUCAUCCUGGAGUUUGUGAUGAUCGUGGUGUUUGGGCUGGAGUACAUCAUCAGAUAUGAGCGGGCAGGCUGCUGCAGUCGCUACAGGGUGCAGGGACGCCUCCGCUUUGCCAGGAAACCCUUCUGUGUUAAGGUAAACAUCAUUGUACUCAUAGCUUCCAUUGCUGUGGUGUCAGCGGGUAGCCAAGGUAACAUCUUUGCCACCUCAGCAUUGAGGAGCCUUCGCUUCCUGCAGAUCCUGCGAAUGGUGCGCAUGGACCGCAGAGGGGGCACCUGGAAACUACUGGGAUCUGUUGUCUACGCGCACAGUAAGGAGUUGGUGACAGCUUGGUACAUUGGGUUCCUGGUGCUUAUCUUCUCUUCGUUCCUGGUCUAUCUUGUGGAGAAGGAGUUCAACAAAGACUUUGCCACCUAUGCUGAUGCUCUGUGGUGGGGCACAAUCACGCUGACAACCAUCGGCUACGGAGACAAGACUCCUCAGACGUGGACGGGUCGUCUGAUCUCAGCUGGCUUUGCUCUGAUGGGGAUCUCCUUCUUCGCCCUGCCUGCCGGUAUCCUGGGCUCAGGCUUUGCCCUGAAGGUACAGGAGCAGCACAGACAAAAACACUUUGAGAAGAGGAGGAACCCCGCAGCCAGCCUCAUCCAGUGUGUCUGGCGUAGUUAUGCUGCUGAUGAGAACUCGGUUUCCAUAGCUACAUGGAAGCCUCAUUUGAAGGCGUUGCAUACCUGCAGUCCUGCAAAGAAAGAACAGGGUGAGACGAUUAGCAGUACUAAGUUGAGCUUUAAGGAGCGGGUACGKAUGGCAAGCCCUCGCGGCCAGAGCAUGAAGAGCCGCCAGACRUCCAUCAACAAYGAUCGRCGCUGUUCCCCAGGCAACAAUGUGGCGGGCGCUGACACGGGCAGCAGCCCUGCCAAGGUGCAGAAGAGCUGGAGCUUCAAUGACCGCACCCGCUUUAGACCCUCCUUACGCCUUAAGAGCCAAUCACGCACCGCGCCCUCCGAAGUGGACACAGGAAUGGGGAAUGAUGACACGUUCGACGACAGGGGAUGCCACUGUGAUGUCACCAUGGAGGACAUAUCAGCUCCACUGAAGGCUGUCAUCAGAGCCGUCAGGAUCAUGAAGUUUCAUGUAGCAAAGAAGAAGUUUAAGGAGACUCUGCGUCCAUACGAUGUGAAGGAUGUGAUAGAGCAGUACUCUGCAGGACACCUGGAUAUGCUCUGCAGAAUCAAGAGUCUACAGACUAGGGUGGAUCAGAUACUGGGUAAGGGCCAGAUCUCCAUGGACAAAAGGAUCAGGGACAAGCUUCACCCUGAUGGGGACACACUGGAGGACAUGAGUAUGCUGGGACGUGUGUGUAAAGUGCAGAGACAGGUGACGUCCAUAGAGUCAAAGCUGGACUCUCUGCUGGAUGUGUACAGGCAGGUGUUACAAAAUGGUUCGUCUGCCCUCACCCUCUCCUCCCUGCCCCUUUUCGAGUUGGAGCACCAGACAUCCGACUACCAGAGCUCCAUCCUCAGCAAGGACCUGUCCUCUGGCUCCCCCCUGGGAGGGGAGUGUGUAAGAGGGCAUCCAGGUGAGGGGGGUGGGGGUAUGUCCCGGUCAACAACAGGUGACCAUCUCUCCAGGGGCCUCCAGCUCAUACUGGCCCCCAGCGAGCUCACCCUCAACACCUGCCCCCCCUCCUACCCUGCCUCCACCGCAUCCCUCACACCCUUGCCCUUCCUGCCCCCUGAUAGCACCUACCCGCUCCUCGCCACCCCCAGUAGUUUCCCCAGGCGAGCUCAUUUCCCUAACCUCCUGCCCCCUCCACCAUCCGCUGGUGCCGCCACCCUCCAGCUGCCCACCACUGGCCCCCAGCACAGGCGACCCCUCUGCCCCACCCCGGAUGCUCCUCGAAGGGGUAGGCUGGAGGAGAGCUCAGGACCCUCUGUGAUGGUGGGCUCCAGGGUGGACGAUGGAGAGGAGGACAGAGAGAGGGAACAUGCCCAGAGCAGGGUGCAGCUGAGGGGGAAGCCCCACUUGAGGGAAGAGGGCCCCUGGAGGAGGCACUUGAGCCUGGAGGUGGACCCCUUGCUGCUGUUCUCCUCUGGAUGUGAGGGGGUACCCUCUGAGCGGGGACAGGGACAGGGGCUGGGGAAGUCCUGGUCAGCACACAACCUUACCCAGCCAUCUGCAGACAACCCCCCCAACCUGUCCUCCCCCCUCGGCAACCGUAGCAGUUCCAGUGAUGGCUCCCAUGGCAACCCCGACGUUAGCAACUGGCGUGAGAAAGACCUUUUCAUCACUGUCUGUGACCUGGAGCCGCAGAUGGACCAGUUUGAUUUCCUGUCCCAGGAGAGUGGCUUCCUGUCCCAUCCCACAGCAGACGGUACUGGCUGCUUGGACCUCUUGCUGACUGAAGAUGGGGGGUCCUCAAGCAGUUUGAUCAGACCCCACAUCCCCACAAUGGACAGUGCAGAGUCCCUCAACCAGCCUCCCCAUGUACGACUAAAAUAACUGUUCCAUAGGAGUGAAUAAAAUAACCCCUUCCCCCCAACACACACAUUACUAAUACGACCAUCCAGCAUAGAGGAUUCACUGGACAAAAAAAAAAAAAGAUUUGAAACUGUUGAUUAUAACUCUGUUUUUAAGAUGUUUGAGAUGUCAACAAAAGAUGUCCUCUCGUGCAUAUCAUUGCAUGGACUAUUUCCUAAAACAGCAACAAGCUGAGAAACUAACAGGGGAAGGGGAGAUCGAACAAAAGAGAGGUUGGUCAGAUAGUGGUACUGUUUGAUCUCUCGACUAUGCAUGACCACCGCAUGUCUAAACCGCACUUUAGGGUCGAGAGCAUUCAAGCCCCCGAGCCUCUUCGAUAGCCUUGGAACCACAGAUAUGAUGGCUGAGUCCAACCUCAUAAGCCCACAUCUCACCUGUUUACCUGCAUGUUCCAUUCAUGUAUCUUCCAAACCCUUGAGAGGCAAUUUGGAGCAGUCAGCUAUUAUUACCCAAGUAUACCUAACACGCUCACCAUUUAGUAAUAGAUAAUACAAUAAUUAAUUUGAUAUUAACAUAAGAAGAUAACCCUAAUGAAGUAUAUUUGUCAAUUAUUUUCCUAAUAAAUUGUACAAUCUUGUGAGGCCAUUUGAUUUUCAACAAAUCCAAUUUGCUGAUUGCGUGCUCCAGUAGGAUUCAUUGUUUUUGACUUUUAAAGGCAUUUAGUGAAAGACAAACAGCAGCCAAAUAAGAUCAGUUAUGACUGUGAUACAGUAGAUAGUGAAACAAGGCUGUGGUACACUGCAGUUGUAGGUCACAAUAAACACUACAGAAUGCAGGGUUUCUUGUCUUACAGCUCAUGUGUACCACUGCCUUGUGGUACACAGGCAGCAGCACUGUUUGACUGCCACUCAGCCUGAACACAGAUGCCUGCUCUUGAAUGAGAAUAUGCACAGAAUUGUGUCAGCCAUUUUGAUUUCCUCUAUUUUGCACCUUUUUGUUCUUGAAGAAGAGACAGACACAACAGUCUUAAAUGUCUUCUGUGGAGUUAAUGAUGACAGCUUCCAUUCAACACAUUUGUUUUUAUGGUGCAUAAGUGCACUUGGCUUAGCUGAUUAACAAUUACACUGUAGAAUGCAAUAUGUACAGAUAACUGCCAAAAUAAAGAAAACACUUGAGUAAAUUAGGGAUUCAACGUAUAUUGAAAGCAGGCACUUUCACACAGGUGUGGAAAGUGCGCACAUGAAAAAAUACUAUAGUAUACUCUGGUAUAAAUACUAUAGUAUUCACUGUAGUGUU